AUGGCGAGUUCCAGUAGAUUGAAUGAUCCUGAGCGGUCUAUCAGAGUUAAACUGUACAGCGCCAAUGGUCUCGCCAAGCGUGAACUGUUAAGUUUGCCGGAUCCCUUUGCCGUUCUCACCGUCGAUGGAGAGCAAACAAGCACCACCGCCAUCGCCAAAAAGUCGCUGGCGCCAGUGUGGAAUGAACAUUUUGAUGUCACUGUGAGGCAAUCUUCAAUGAUCGCUAUCCAAAUCUUCGACCACAGGAAAUUCAGGAAACGUGACCAAGGGUUUCUUGGUGUUAUCAAUAUCCCAGCUGCGGAGGCUUUAUCCUACGCAGCGAGCCAGCAAGGUCCUAUCACCAGGGACCUGACGAUGUCCAGCAACAAUCUACCUGUCUAUGGCAAAAUAUCAUUUAGCUUUUCCUCCCCACCCCAGUCUCAACCCUCCUUGGUUCACCCGGAUCGUGUAUCGUAUCAGCCGCCCCCCCAAGAUCACAUCCACCAAGGUCAGCCACCGAUGGUGAACCACUCAAUCAGAGUGCCAAAUUCCAAUCCCCAAGCCCACGCCGACGAAGACCAUCGACCAAUUCAACCCGUACAUCCCACGCCGUCCCUGCGCCCAUCCCCUAGUCACGCUGCAUUAAAUCAACCCUCGGGUAUGCCAAAUAGGCCAGAUCCGCCUCGUCCAGUCUCUUCGUCGGGUGCUGUUGCCAACCGUUUGACUGAUGACGACGCCGGCAACCCAUUGCCUCCUGGUUGGGAGCGACGGACUGAUGCCCAAAACCGAACAUAUUACGUUGACCAUAAUAACCGAUCAACCUCGUGGCAUCGUCCCCUCGCGUCAGGACAACCACCGACCCGACCUCCACCCCAGGCCGCACCACCGUCACAGACACCAGUCCGGGUUCCCAGUGCUGUCGCAGCGACGCCUACUGCUGCAUCAGUAGCAGCCACCCCGACUUCUCCACCGGGGUCAUACGCUGACGUCCCCCUGCCUUUGGGUUGGGAAGAACGCCGAACACCUCAAGGGCGCCCUUACUUUGUUGACCACCAUACCCGCACAACAACAUGGACCGACCCUCGAGUAACGAAUCAGCAAGCCGCCGUUGCCGUUCCCAGACCUGCAGCAAAUCACAAUUUAGGACCUCUCCCGUCAGGAUGGGAAAUGAGAUUGACGUCAACUGGGCGAGUGUACUUCGUUGACCAUAACACUCGAACGACAUCAUGGGAUGAUCCAAGACUACCAACAAACGUCGACGAUAACGCACCACAGUAUAAGCGUGAUUACAGAAGGAAGGUUGUUUAUUUCAGGAGUCAACCCAAAAUGCGGAUAUUACCAGGCAAGUGUGAGGUCAAAGUCAGACGUUCUCGGGUAUUGGAGGACAGCUAUGCGUCUGUGAUGGGAUUCACUGGGGAAGAUUUGAAGCGAAGAUUGAUGGUUAACUUUGAUGGCGAGGAUGGUUUGGAUUAUGGGGGGGUGUCAAGAGAAUGGUUCUUCUUGCUCUCACAUGAAAUCUUCAACCCAAGUUACGGAUUGUUUGAAUAUUCCACCCACGAUAACUACACCCUUCAAAUCAAUCCAGCCUCAGGCAUCAAUCCAGACCAUUUAAGUUAUUUCAAGUUCAUUGGCCGAUGCCUAGGCUUGGCUAUCUUCCACCGAAGGUUCCUUGACGCCUAUUUCGUGCCCAGCUUCUACAAGAUGAUUCUUGGUAAACAUAUGGCGCUGGCGGAUCUUGAAUCCGUCGACUCUGAUCUUCACCGAUCGCUGGUUUGGAUGCUGGAAAAUGACAUUACAGACGUUCUUGAUGAAACCUUUACCACUGCAGAAGAACGAUUUGGAGAGCUUGUCACAAUCGAACUGAAGCCAGGAGGCGAAGAGGUUCCCGUGACGGAGGAGAAUAAAAAGGAAUACGUUGACUCGGUCGUGGCAUAUCGAAUAUCGAAACGUGUUAAGGAGCAAUUUGAUGCCUUCAUGGAGGGCCUGCUGGAGCUCGUUCCAAGGGAUUUGAUCAAUGUUUUCGAUGAGCGAGAGCUCGAACUUUUGAUUGGUGGCAUGUCCGAAAUUGAUAUGGAUGACUGGACGAAGUUUACUGAUUAUCGCGGAUACGAAAAAACUGACCAGGUCAUUGAGUGGUUCUGGCAAUGCAUCCGGUCAUGGCCAGCCGAGAGAAAGUCUCGCUUAUUGCAAUUCACAACGGGUACAUCCCGUGUUCCCGUGAACGGUUUCAAGGAUUUACAAGGGAGCGAUGGACCCCGACGGUUCACUAUCGAAAAGUCCGGGGAUCCUAUGGGUCUGCCGAGGAGUCAUACGUGCUUCAACCGAUUGGACCUUCCUCCAUACCAGGAUUAUGAGAGUUUGGAAACGAAACUUCUAUUUGCGAUUGAAGAGACGGAAGGUUUCGGGCAAGAGUGA